AUGAAGAUCCUCGAAAGCCGAAACGCAUGCUUACUCCUCAGCACGGGCCUAAUAGUCAUGUUCCUCGGCCUUCAACUAUUGUAUUAUUUCAGUUCGGGUGCAUUUCUACCCUCUUUGCAUCUGCCAAUUCUGCCGUUUUUGGGCAAUACGUCCUCACACCUUCAAAAACCACAGGAAAUUACAAAUGUAACUUCAGACGACGUCAACGGGUCUGUGUUGCUCAAUCGAUCAAUGGAGAAUUUCGAAUUGCGUGACAUAAAUAACAGAGUUCUAAGGGAAGUUACGAAAGAGAAGGUGGCCAUCAUUGUGCCCUAUAAGGAUCGGGGCAAACACUUAUUCGCUUUUCUUACUCGUAUGCUGCCCUUCCUUAGUAAACAGGAUGCCCAGUAUGUUAUACUUAUCACGGAACAAGCUGGUAAUAAACCAUUCAAUCGCGCCAAGUUGUUCAAUGUAGCAGUCAAAGAGAUACGGCAUAGUCUGCCCGGUGACCGUUUGUAUGGCAUAAAUUGUUUCAUUUUCCACGAUGUUGACAAAGUGCCAAGUUCGCCUUCGAUUUCUUACAAGUGUGGAGAAAAUGUCAGGCAGAUGGUAACUGCAUUUCGCCAUGGAACCGAAAUUCAAAGUGUGUACGCCAAAUACAAGCAAGACCCGUUCACCCCUUUGAUUGUCCCAAAGCUUAUCUUAUUUUUUUCUAGGCUGUACACCACAUUUUUGGGAGCCGUUACAGCAUUCACAUGGGACCACGUAGCGAAAAUGAAUGGCGCUUCAAACAUUUUCUUCGGUUGGGGUGGUGAAGAUGACGACAUGUCGAUUCGGUUAAAAAUAAACAAUAUGACGGUGGAUAGACCUGCGCCACACGAGGGAAUUUUUGACGAAUUUGAUUCAAAUCAUGCGCGUGAACGCAAUCCUGAAAGAUUCGCACUAAUUACUCAAGAGAAUGUAACUGCCCGCUGGCGAAACGAUGGAAUUGAGCAAACACGCUACCGCAUUAUAAACAGAAUUGACUAUGAUCUUUUUGUCUGGCUUUUUGCGUUUAUUUAA